AUGGCGAACUUUAUCGUUUGUCAAAAUAAAGAGAAGUUCAAAACCACAAAACAUAACUUAAGGCUCACAUUUACUCAACAGACAACAGUGGUUGAAACAUCUGAUCAACUUUUCCCAAUGAAUAUCUUCGUUUUGCGGCCAUAUGAUCAAUUGAUAAAUAAGAUUGAUGUGGACGAGACUGAAUUAUUCAAUGUGAUUGGAGAAAUCGUCGGUUUUAGUGAGGUAAAAACGCACAUACAAGCUGGAGUUUCUAGGAAGUUUAUGAAUGUCGAACUAGAAGAUGAUGAGAGGAACAAGUUGUCUGCUACAUUCUGGGGCGAAUUUGUUGAUGAAAUUGUACCUCACCUGCUAAGUUCUAACGAUCAACCUAUGGUUGUUGUUAUUUUACUUUCUGUUCGAGAUAAUUACUCUGAAAGAUUGACUCAAACUAUCUCUCAACAAAGUUACUCCGUCUCGGAUGAAUUGUCAAAAGGCGUUGUUCAAGUUAAAACAAUUGGCGAAUUAGUGGAGUCCAUGGAAGAAGGUCCCUGUUGGAUUGUUGCAAAUAUUGAAAAUUUAGAACUUCAAAGAGGGUGGUCAUAUAUCAGCUGCAAAAAGUGUCAAAAGAAGGUCGAUAAACUGGGAAACAUUUAUUCUUGUACAAACCCAAAAUGUAAAAAUGAAGAUUACUCAGCUGUGAAUAGGUACAGGCUUCGGGUUAGGGUCAUGGAUACUACUGCAUCUGUUUCACUAUUGCUCUGGGACCGCGAAGCCAUAUUUCUCAUAGGCAAGUCUGCAAAUGAAUUGAAGGAUGGAUUACUUGAGAAUACUGGCGGUGUUGAUAAGCCUUCCUAUCCAAUGGAGUUGAAUAAUAUUCUUCAGAGAAAAUUCAUGUUUAAGGUUAUUGUCAAGAGCUCGAACCUUCGUUUGCAAGAUGAAGUUUAUAGUGUUGUUAAGCUUACCGAUGAUGACCACCUUAUACAAAAAUAUAGUCCUGCUCCACCUUCAGAUGCCUUCACCGACCCUGACUUCAAUACUGAUCAAGGCGUAGAUGGGGAGAAUGAAUUCGAGGGCUCUACUGAAGAUAAUGAGUUGAUCGAUAUUGCAAACACACCUGCCAAGAUAGGUAUACCUAAUGCCGCAACAGUGGUUGAAGAAGAUCCGAAUGCACAGUUGUCUGGAAAUAAGAUCAAGAGAGUGUUUAAGAAGAAGAAAACAACAUAA